GGGGUCCCUGUCCGUGCUCGGAGGGGUGACGUCACCAUCCUUGCCCCCCUGUGUCAUGGCAGAGAGAGGGGAAGUGGGGGGUCUGUGAGUGUCCCAGCUCGGGGGUCUCUGAGAGACAGAGAGUGACAGCCAUUCACCUGCCUGGACACAGAUUUUCAUUUGUCGUAAGAUAAAACGUUUUAUCUUUGCACCUGCAUGUAUAGCACAACGUCGCCCACACACCUUGCUGUAUCAAAACCUGUCUGUGUCACUCAGGAAACUCAAACAUAGCUCUGCCAUGGAAACCAACCUGCAGAAGAGGAAGGAGAGCAGAAAGGCUCUGCGAAUCAAAGUCAUCAGCAUGGGAAACGCAGAGGUGGGCAAGAGUUGCAUUAUAAAGCGUUACUGUGAAAAACGAUUUGUCCCGAAAUAUCAGACAACUAUUGGAAUCGACUAUGGUGUAACAAAAGUUCAAAUGAAAGAACGGGAGAUCAAAGUUAACAUAUUUGACAUGGCAGGACAUCCCUUCUUCUACGAGGUACGCAAUGAGUUUUACAAAGACACUCAAGGUGUAAUCCUGGUCUAUGAUGUUUGCUUGAAGGAGUCCUUCGAAUCACUCGAUGCCUGGCUAGCAGAGAUGAAACAGGAGCUUGGCUCACAAGGAAACAUAGAGAAUGUGGUAUUUGUCGUGUGUGCAAACAAGAUUGACUGUUCCAAGCAUCGCUGUGUGGAUGAAAGCGAAGGGCGACUUUGGGCUGAAAGCCGAGGAUUUUUAUAUUUUGAGACUUCUGCACAAAGUGGGGAAGGAAUCAACGAGAUGUUCCAGUCUUUUUAUUCUUCCAUCGUGGAUAUGUGCGAGAAUGGUGGGAAACGGCCAAUGUCCUCCAUUAAUAUCGGAUUCACCAAAGAGCAAGCCGACACAAUUCGCAGAAUCCGUAGUAGCAAAGACAGCUGGGACAUGCUAGGUGUCAAGCCUGGGGCCACUAGGGAUGAAGUCAAUAAAGCGUACCGUAAAUUAGCCGUUCUCCUUCAUCCGGAUAAGUGUGUGGCUCCUGGAAGCGAAGAUGCCUUUAAGGCUGUUGUCAAUGCUCGGACAGCCUUGCUGAAGAACAUUAAGUAACACAUUGUCAAUUCAAAGCCUCGUGUCCCCACCUUGGUUCUCGACUACAAAUUCUCUGCUUGCAGAUGCCAAAGCACAUAGAUGGCCAUUCACCAAUGGCAUGGAAUUUGGCCACAGACAUUACCAAAUACAAGUGAGGUUACGCAGCGGACAUUUCUGAUACUGUAUCGUUUUUAUGUCCACGAGAUGGCUUUAAUCCCUAAAUCAACUCAGCAAAUUGAAACCGCUGAUCUCUGCAGACUUAAUACAGCACUACUGACCUACUAAACAAGACUAUUGCAACAUUCAUGUUCUGGAAUGAGUCCAUUGGGGUUAGACAUUGAACAUGAGUGUGGGUCGAAGUUCUAAAAGCAAACACUCCCCAUAAAAACCAGUGAAAUGUUACUGCUGACACCACUGGUUUCUAUGGAGAUUACUCUAUUUUUACAACUUUGCCUCAAAAUGUAGCUAUUUUACACUUUUAUACCUCUCCCUUCAGUGUGUUUAUUCUUGUCACACUUUUUAUUGCAUGCGGGCAGGAUGUUUGACGUCGCCAAGCACACGAUGCCUGUGUGUAUAUAUGCACACUUUUCAAGCAUUAAUGGUUUUAUAAAGCAUGUUUUUAUUUUUUGGAAUAGAAAAAAAGUUGGUUCAAGCACAAGUGGUUGGCUAGUUGUGUAUGUUACAGUUCGUCUGCUGCAUGCCAUGUUGGAUAUCUUGCAACUACAAUUAUGUGGAGCCCAUAUUGGGGAAGUGUAAAUAUGGUACUAUAGACCGGCAGCCAUUUUGUUUUCCCCAAACAGGGAUUUAAGUCGUUUAAAAUGACUCUGUCCCAUAAACUGUGUUUAGAUGUUAAUCGUGGCACAUAGUGAACUUUAGAUUGAGCCUGUAUAGUGGUAGUCCAGCCUUGCCCUUUAUUAUAUUGAUCAACAUUUCCCAUAAUUCUCUCACCACCUCUUAGUUAAAAAAAAUAUUAAAACAUUAUUCUUAUGUCUGCCUAUAUCUGCUAUUAAAAUGUUACUGUGGCAAAACGUUACACUUCAUAUACGGAAGUUGCCGAGGAUGUUGCCAAAUAUUUGGACAUUGUUUUUUUUCUUUUUCUUACGUACUGUUAUUUAUCUUUGCAAUUCUGUUUGUACAAUGUGUAUGAUCAGUUUUAUUUAUUUAGUUUUUAUGUUCUACACCUUAUGUACAUCUUGCAGAAAAUAAUCAAAUUUUGAGCAAAAAUCAUGUAAGUGAUAUUUUGCUCAAAAAAUAUUUACAUCUUGUACCUAUUUCUGUGCUGUGCUUUUUACUUAAAACUUGAUAAUGAUUUCUUGAUAUUUAGAGUCCACUCUCGCUUCCAAAAAUAUAUAUUGUUUUGUUUUUAUUUUUUUUACUCAAACAAUUUGAGUAUAAGUUCAGUAAAUCACCUACACAAUCUCCUACAGCUCUGAGAUAUAGUGAAGGUGAGGAUAUAGGACACACAGCUGAGUCGAAAAAUGUGAGUGUAAAAUGUCUGCUCCACCUCACACAUUGGCUACUAGUGUCACUGUGCCCCCAGCUCCGCUUUACAGAAUGUCUCCAUUAUUUUCCUGCUGCUCCCACUAUUACACUAUUGAGGCCCCAUUUUCUUCUUCAUACGGGAGUCAAUCUCUGAAGCCAUUAGCAAAAUGGCUGCUGACUUGUGCAAUCAUUUCUAUCUGUACCCAAGCCAACGACAUGGACAGAUUAUCCAAAAAAACUCCAAGUGUCAGCAAAAAUGUAAAUUUCCCAGUAACUAAACUACUCAAGAUAUUAACUACAAGAUGUUAGUCGCAAUCAAAUAUACCUCAUGCAAUUCAAAACGCAUGCAACAUAGAAAGUCCUCCCUUUUACUACAAGAUGUAAAACGGGCUGUCUAAUUAAAGGCUGUGAAUAGAAAAACAAACUAACUUAUUUGUUUUUUAUGUGACUUAUUUUGAUACAUUUCUUUAGUAUUUAAAGAGAAAAUGUUACGUUUUUAUUUUCU